AUGGCCUACCAUGGCGUCCCAGGCGGCUACGACCACGAUGCCUUGAACAACGACUACCACAACCAGCACGAGUCGGACGAGGAAGUGGAGCGCUCACUGCUCCAUACCAACCCCACCGGAGCCUACCAAGGUCCCUUCGACGACACGCACUCGCACACGCCAGUGGCUCAAGACCACGGCUACAGCUUGACCGAGUCGUACGCCGACAACACACACCACGUGCCGCCGUACGACAGCUACGACGAGUACCGAGGCACCAAUCUCGAGGACCCAGGAUACCAGCCUGCAGGCUCUCCUGUGUCUCGCGCUGCUACAACAUCGACCGAAGCAUGGGAAGCAAGAGCUGCCAUCGGCGGACCGGCUGCUGGCGGCGGUGGUCUGAAGCGCAAUGCCACACGUAAGGUCAAGCUGGUGCAGGGCAAUGUCCUGAGUGCCGAUUAUCCCGUGCCCAGUGCUAUCCAGAACGCCGUUCAGGCCAAAUACAGAAACGACCUCGAGAGUGGUAGCGAGGAGUUUACCCACAUGCGCUACACUGCGGCAACAUGCGAUCCCAACGACUUCACCCUCAAGAACGGCUACAAUCUCCGUCCGGCCAUGUACAACCGUCACACGGAGCUUCUGAUUGCAGUCACGUACUACAACGAAGACAAGGUCCUCACUGCCCGCACUCUGCACGGUGUCAUGCAAAACAUCCGAGAAAUCGUCAAUCUCAAGAAGUCCGAGUUCUGGAACAAAGGAGGCCCGGCAUGGCAGAAGAUUGUCGUUUGUUUGGUCUUCGACGGUAUCGACCCCUGCGACAAGGGUACUCUGGACGUCCUGGCAACCAUUGGUGUCUUCCAGGACGGUAUCAUGAAGAAGGACAUUGACGGCAACGAGACGAUUGCUCACAUUUUCGAAUACACAACCCAGCUCUCCGUUACCGCCAAUCAGCAGCUCAUCCGCCCGCUGGACGAUGGUCCGACCACUCUGCCUCCAGUGCAGAUGAUGUUCUGUCUCAAGCAGAAGAACAGCAAGAAGAUCAACUCGCACAGAUGGCUGUUCACCGCCUUUGGUCGCAUCCUGAACCCCGAAGUCUGUAUUCUCCUCGACGCCGGAACAAAGCCUGGCCAUAAGUCUCUGCUCGCUCUGUGGGAAGCUUUCUACAACGACAAGGAUCUUGGGGGUGCUUGUGGUGAGAUUCACGCCAUGUUGGGCCCUCGUUGGAAGAACUUGGUCAACCCCCUGAUUGCAGCCCAAAACUUCGAGUACAAGAUCUCCAACAUUCUCGACAAACCGCUGGAAAGUUCCUUUGGAUACGUCAGUGUCUUGCCCGGUGCUUUCUCUGCCUACCGUUUCCGCGCCAUCAUGGGCCGUCCUCUGGAGCAAUACUUCCACGGUGAUCACACUUUGUCCAAGCAGCUCGGCAAGAAGGGUAUCGAAGGCAUGAACAUUUUCAAGAAGAACAUGUUCUUGGCCGAGGAUCGCAUUCUCUGCUUCGAGCUGGUCGCAAAGGCUGGCUCCAAAUGGCAUCUUACCUACGUCAAGGCCUCCAAGGGUGAAACCGAUGUGCCUGACAGUGCUCCAGAAUUUAUCGGUCAGCGCCGUCGUUGGCUGAACGGUUCUUUCGCUGCCUCCAUCUACUCUCUGAUGCACUUCGGUCGCAUGUACAAGAGUGGUCACAACAUUGUCCGCAUGUUCUUCCUGCAUAUUCAACUCAUCUACAACAUCGCCCAGCAAAUCCUCACUUGGUUCUCUCUUGCAUCAUACUGGUUGACUACUACCGUCAUUAUGGACCUUGUCGGUAGUCCCAGCUCCUCGAACAACAAUCAUGCUUUCCCCUUCGGUAACGACGCAACUCCCAUCAUCAACACCAUCGUCAAGUACAUCUACCUCGCAUUCGUCCUUCUACAAUUCAUCCUGGCCUUAGGAAACAGACCCAAAGGUUCGAAAUGGUCUUACAUCGUCUCAUUCUGCUGGUUCGGUCUUGUACAACUUUACAUUACUGUCGAUGCGCUAUAUCUAGUCGUCCAUGCGUUUACAGGAGGACCGGGCUUCGAUACAGAUAGUGCCAGCGACUUUGUAAAGUCCUUCUUCUCCUCCACGGGUCCUGGUAUCAUCGUCAUCGCCUUGGCUGCGACCUUUGGUCUCUACUUCGUCGCUUCCUUCAUGUACCUCGACCCUUGGCACAUGUUCACCUCAUUCCCUCAAUAUCUUCUGAUUAUGAGUUCGUACAUCAACAUCCUCAACGUCUACGCCUUUAGCAAUUGGCAUGAUGUAUCAUGGGGAACCAAGGGUGCCGACAAGGCCGACGCAUUGCCAUCAGCCAAGACAGAAAAGGCACAAGACGGUAAAGCGACGGUCAUAGAGGAAGUCGAUCUCGCGCAAGCGGAUAUCGACUCACAGUUCGAGACGACUGUAAAACGUGCCUUGACACCAUACGUUGCCCCCAAGGAGAAAGAGGCCAAGACUCUCGAGGACUCGUACAAGAGUUUCCGUACUCGUCUAGUAACUUUCUGGAUCUUCAGUAACGCACUUCUUGCUGUCGCAAUCACCAGCGACAAUGUCGACAAGUUUGGCUUCACUAGUGGUGCUAGCAAGCGUACUGCAAGAUUCUUCCAGGCUCUGCUGUGGGCAAACGCCGUCGUUGCGCUUGUCCGUUUCUGCGGUUGCUGUUGGUUCCUUGCCAAGUCUGGUCUGCUGUGCUGUUUCGCACGCAGAUAG